CGAGCACAUCGCCAUCCCAUCAUCGCCCGUCGCCCGUCGUCCGUCCUCGUCGCCAUGUCGCAGCUCAAGUCGUACCGCUCGACCAUCCACCGCAAAACGAACGAAACCGACAUUCAUGUUGAUUUGCUGCUGCCCACCGGCCUCCCCCACGACGCUGCUCAGACGAUCAGCAUCAGCACCGGCGUCGGGUUCCUGGACCAUAUGCUCCAUGCCCUUGCCAAGCACUCCAGAUGGUCGCUGACGCUGACCUGCAAAGGCGACCUCCACAUCGACGACCACCACACUGCCGAGGACGUUGCUAUUUCUCUGGGCAUGGCUUUCAAAGAGGCUCUGGGCGAGCCCCGUGGAAUCAAGCGCUUCGGCUAUGCCUAUGCUCCACUCGACGAGGCCCUCUCGCGAGCCGUCGUCGAUAUCUCGGGUCGCCCUCACGCCUCCAUCGACCUGGGUCUCAAGCGAGAAAAGAUUGGCGAUCUGUCCUGCGAAAUGAUCCCCCAUGUCCUGGAGUCCUUUGCGACCUCGGCCGGCUUGACCCUGCACGUCGACACUCUCAAGGGCUUCAACGACCACCACCGUGCCGAAUCUGCCUUCAAGGCUCUCGCUGUCGCCCUGCGCGAGGCCAUCACUCCCACCGGUGCUAACGACAUCCCCUCGACCAAGGGCGUCCUCUGAUCGUCCGUCGUGUGUCUUCGACUUUCAAUACAGUCCAUCCCCCCCCCCAGCAAA